UAUCCAAUCAUGUCGAUCAAAGCUAAUUGUGUAAAUAGCUACGUUGAGAGCGGAUGUAGAGGCGGGGUUAGUUUUCAAUCCAAUUUUAAAACAGUUUGUUUCGCUUUGUACUUGCUCUACAACAUACCCUUUACAGUAGACUACCAUGGUACGAAAAAGCAAUUCCUUUGGCGUUGUUAUAUGGCUCCUCGUCGGCAGUGUUACUUUUUCCAAGAGCACCCUUGUUUUGGCCGAAGGGUCAGCAGAAAAAAGUACAACCACAGUGAAGGCUAUGCAUCCCUCAACUGGACAUACAACUUCUAUCAAUAAAAAUAAUCAGUUUAUUGGAAACGCCCCAUCCACUAAUGGAACAGUUGUGCAGCAAAGUGAAACUCGGGCUGGCGACAAUAACCAGACUUCCAAACCUGUGGACGAUAAGAAUACUGGCGACAAUGUCUCACAGCAAAGUGGAACUCAGGCUGGCAACGAGAACCAGACUUCCAAACCUGUGGACGAUAUGAAUACUGGCGACAAUGUCUCACACCAAAGUGGAACUCAGGCUGGCAACGAGAACCAGACUUCCAAACCUGUGGACGAUAUGAAUACUGGUGACAAUGUCUCACAGCAAAGUGGAACUCAGGCUGGCAACGAGAACCAGACUUCCAAACCUGUGGACGAUAAGAAUACUGGUGACAAUGUCUCACAGCAAAGUGGAACUCAGGCUGGCAACGAGAACCAGACUUCCAAACCUGUGGACGAUAAGAAUACUGGUGACAAUGUCUCACAGCAAAGUGGAACUCAGGCUGGCAACGAGAACCAGACUUCCAAACCUGUGGACGAUAAGAAUACUGGUGACAAUGUCUCACAGCAAAGUGGAACUCAGGCUGGCAACGAGAACCAGACUUCCAAACCUGUGGACGAUAAGAAUACUGGCGACAAUGUCUCACAGCAAAGUGGAACUCAGGCUGGCGACAAUAACCAGACUUCCACACCUGCGGACGAUAUGAAUACUGGCAACAAUGUCUCACAGCAAAGUGGAACUCAGGCUGGCGACAAUAACCAGAUUUCCAAACCUGCGGGCGAUAUGAAUAAUGGCGACAAUGUCCUACAGCAAAGUGGAACCAUGGUUGUCAGCAUAUCUGAUGUGCUCCUACAGGCUUCCCAAUCUACCACUGUAAACAAAAAGCCAUUUGCCACUGAUGCAAUAGAUGCCCAAACUAGUGCACUUGGUAUUCGUACUACACCUAAAGUAUCCUUCAAGUCAGAUAUCAACAUCGCUGCAAAACCAGCUGUUGAAGAUGAUCAUUUUAUAAUGUAUCUGAUACUGGGAUUAUUGCUUCUAUCAGUGGUAUAUAUUGCAUACCACAACAAAAAUAAGGUUAUCUCCUUGUGUCAGAAAGGUGGUCCCAAAAGAACUAAGCGGCCAAAGACUUCUGAUUAUCAGCGGCUUGAUCAGAACUUGAGUGAAGUCAUCACAAGUCUCAAAAAGAAAUCCAACUUUAAGAUGAGCUGAAAUUUUCUGAUACAAGCCCUUUGAAAUCUAGCAGAAAAUUCUUCUUUCAAUGGAAGUUUUCUUAGUUACGUUAUCACAUGUAGGUGCUUUGAUUCAUUGUGUUUUUUUUCUUUUGUCUACUCGCCUCAGUUCCUCCUCCUUGCUGAGAAGGCUUGUCUAGUGCCAGGGGAUUCAUGCUCCAUGUUUACAUGAAGUAAUAUUUUUUAAAAAAAAAGACAAACUCGUUCUAGUGUGGACAUAAAAAGCCAAAUAAAUGAAUUGGAUUUGUUUUAAAUUUUGUUUUUUUUAAUAUAAGUUUGCACUAAGAUUGCUUUGCACCAGUAACUCAUGGUAAAAUUUUGUUUUGCUAGUUGGAUGACUCGCCUUAAUUGUGGCACUUGAGUUUUUUUUUUAAUCAGCAUGAAUCUUGUCUAGUAACUUGUGCCAGCCAACAUCUAAGUCAGGGGUCUCCAAACUUUUUUAUGCCAUAAACUGAGGGGUCUGUGCACCCCAGUGAUCUAGAUCUUGAAUCUGUGGUUCUUCAGUUUGUAACAAUAAUUGGGAAGUCUGAAUAUUAAUAUCAAGUUACUUAACCAGAUACCUAGCUGAUUAACUUGCAUGCCUUCUACUUCUACUGUUUGAUGAUACUUCAAGAGAUAACUGUUAAAGCAGCUUUUGCAUUAAUUUUAUGGACUAAAGUGAGCUGAUCAAGAUUUGCUCAAAGUUAGUUUUUUUUCCCCUCAAGUCUAUUCGAGUAAAACAAUAAAAUAAAUUAUUAAAAAAGAUUUGCUCAAAGUAAGAUGCACCUUGAUUUAAAUGGUGCCCAAUGGUCCCUGCAAAUUGUCUAUCAUUCAAUAAAAAACAAUUCUGUUUGAUCUCAGAACACUUCCUGAGCAGAAUUAGUUUGGUUUGGGAUUUUUCUUCCCACCCUCAUCUUUCUUCUCUUCUCCCCCCCCCCCCCCUCCCCACCAUCACUUUCUCUUAAACCACUCUUAAUUUAUGAUGUGGCAUUUUUUUUGAGUUAAGAUGACCAUUGGUGUAGUGGCAUCCCCACUAGACUGAGGCAAGUCGUCCUGGGUUCAAAUCCAGCUGGCUCCUUGAACACUUUCCAUCUGUGCUGAGCUGAGUGUUGAGCUAGCAACUCAACCUCAUUUUAAAAAUAAAAACAGAAGUGCUAAAGAAGCAGCAAGGUUGCCACCCCAAUGCACCAUGAGCUGGCAUUGUUCAUACUAGGUGAUGGAAUUGUCUUUGUGUGAAUGGACCUGAAAGUAUUGUGGAAUUUGUACAGUCUAAUUUCAAGGCAUGAAAAUUAUAUAUUUUUUGAGGAAAUUAGCAUUAUUUUCAGACUAAGGAUGAAUAUAAUAAGCAUAAUUAAAUUACUUUGGAAUUUCAUGUAAUCAGUUCUAAUGUUUUUAAAUUAAGUUGUUGCCAUGUGUCAAAAUGUAAAUUGAAUAUUGUCCUACUUUGCUGUGAAAGUUUUGUGCAGCCCCAUUGCAUCUAAAUGUAUGACAUCUCAAUAAAUUUUCAA